UGCUUCUUGUUCCAGACUCCAGUACUGAUUUUUAAGCGAGCAGUGACACGACUAUAUCAGACAGCGAGAAAAGCGGGAUUGUACUGCGUUUAAGCGGUUUCUGCUUGAGGAUACGAAAAAGCCGCUUCUAGUUUCUAAACAUCUGGGCAGAGAUGUAACAGUUUCCUGGCACUGGCGUUGUGUUUUUGUUGCUUUUGUUGUGGGGACCUCCCUAAAGCUUCAACUCAGGAACUCUGACAUUCCCUGCCUUGGCAGCUACACUGUUUUCCUUUUGCCGCAUGUGCAGAAAAUGGCAACUGCUCUCAGUGGACGCCCACCUAAUAAUCGAAAAGGCCGCAUUUUAGGCAUUAUUGACGCCAUCCAGGACGCUGUCGGACCCCCUAAGCAGGCGGCCGCUGACCGCCGGACCGUAGAGAAGACAUGGAAACUCAUGGACAAAGUGGUGAGGUUGUGUCAGAACCCCAGACUACAGCUGAAGAACAGUCCUCCGUACAUCCUGGAUAUUUUACCUGACACUUACCAGCACCUGAGGCUGAUUCUGUGCAAAUACGAAGAGAACCAGAGACUUACUCAGCUAAGCGAGAAUGACUAUUUCAAAGUGUACAUCGACAGCCUGAUGAAGAAAUCCAAAAGAGCAAUCCGCCUCUUUAAGGAAGCCAAGGAGAGAAUGUAUGAAGAACAGUCACAAGACAGGCGGAACCUCACCAAGCUCUCACUGAUCUUCAGUCACAUGUUGGCCGAGAUCAAAGCCAUCUUUCUAGGUGGACAGUUCCAAGGAGAUACAUUCCGCAUUACCAAGGCAGACGCCGCCGAUUUUUGGAGAAGGUCUUUUGGUGAAAAGACAAUAGUGCCAUGGAAAACAUUCCGGCAGUGCCUUCAUGACGUGCACCCCAUCAGCUCUGGGUUGGAGGCCAUGGCUCUGAAAUCCACCAUUGACCUCACCUGCAAUGACUACAUCUCCGUCUUUGAGUUUGACAUCUUUACUCGUCUUUUCCAGCCGUGGGGCUCAAUCCUGAGGAACUGGAAUUUCCUGGCAGUCACGCACCCGGGCUACAUGGCCUUUCUGACAUACGAUGAAGUGAAGGCACGUCUGCAGAAGUACAUCAACAAACCUGGCAGCUACAUCUUCAGGCUGAGCUGUACGCGGUUAGGACAGUGGGCCAUUGGCUACGUCACUAGUGAUGGCAACAUCCUGCAGACCAUCCCACAUAACAAGCCACUGUUCCAGGCGCUCAUCGACGGAUGCAGAGAAGGCUUUUAUCUGUUUCCAGACGGGCGCAGUUAUAACCCAGAUCUCACAGGCCUGUGUGAACCCACCCCACAAGACCACAUUAAGGUCACACAGGAGCAGUAUGAGUUGUACUGUGAAAUGGGCUCCACGUUUCAGCUGUGCAAGAUCUGUGCCGAAAACGAUAAAGAUGUAAAGAUAGAGCCAUGUGGUCACCUUAUGUGCACUUCCUGUUUGACAUCAUGGCAGGAUUCUGAUGGUCAGGGUUGCCCGUUCUGUCGCUGUGAGAUCAAAGGCACGGAGCCCAUCAUUGUUGAUCCUUUUGACCCACGCAAUGAAGGGGCCAAGUGCUUCCUCCUGGACCACUUCAGCUCCCCCAUGCUGGACCUGGAUGAUGACGAUGACAGAGAGGAAUCGCUGGUUAUAGACCAUAUCCGGAAGUCCAUGGAGAUCCAGAACUCACCAAUAAUGUCUCCAAACUCAUCCCCUGUGUGUGAACGCCGGAAAACCGCUGCAGAUCACAUGGGUCCACACUUGAACAUUCCACCCGUACCACCCCGCCUGGAUCUCAUACGUUCUCCCGCUCCUAGCCCCACAGGCUCACCCAAGUCAUCUCCAGGCAUGUCCAGAAAACAGGACAAACCCCUUCCUGCCCCUCCACCUCCACAGAGAGAUCCCCCUCCCCCACCUCCGCCAGAACGCCCACCUCAUAUCCCUCAAGAAGGCCGGGCUGCCUGGCUGGUCACCUCAUCGUCUGGCCUUCCAAGAGACCCCAGAGCACCCCUGGAGGCCUGGAGCCCUAAAGACAGCACUGCCUUGUCAGAUUGCAGGACGUCUGCUGCAGACCGCUCCCCCAAACUCGCCCACGCUGCCCCUGCGCACAUCAACGGGAGACCCCUCAGCUGCUCUGGUGCAGAUUUGGGGUUAAACCGGACCAGCCACAGACUGAACGUGCAGUCAGAGUGUAGUAAGUCUUUCAUCAACGGUCUGUUACCUGGUGAUGAGUACGAUGUCCCCCCUCUGCGUCACUCCCCUCCCCUUGUGGACCACAACCAGAGACACACCAACCCCUUCAUAAGCCACCGGAGUCUGACAGACAGAGUGGAGGAUGAGUAUCAGAUUCCCUCAUCACAUCCCGUCUCCGUCCCCUUCCGCAUCCCCAACAGGGCUUUAGAAAACGGCUCGUCGGAUCUCUCAACAGACAUAAAGAAACAUAAACCUCCAGAGCAUGGUGGGUUUGACUCUGGUUCGUUGAUUUCGGGUGUGGCUCACACCUCACAGUGCCCCCUCCACAACAGGACACCCUCAGACUAUGACAUUCUACUGCCCCCUCAAGCGUCUCCAAUGGAAGAUCCGUUCAACUCUCUUCCUCCGUCCCAGCCUCCUCCUCCUCCUCCCCCCAUCAGGAACAGUUUCAUAGAACCCUCCUCCUCCUCACCCUACCCCAGACCUGCCCGCCCCUCGUCUGGACAUGAUCACUUCCUGCUCAGCCCUGACACUUUCAUAGACCAGUUAAAUAACUCGGCUCCCAAUCCCCCUGUGAGGAGACAAACCGGGGACAACAUGAAGACGCCAUUCAAGGCUCCGCAAGACUAUGAUCAACUGCCGCCAACCUCAGUGGCCGGAGAUUGCUUCAGGGCACCUGAGAGACCUCCGAAACCACUUCCCAGGAUAAUCCCACCAGACAUCCACAGAAGACCGCACGAAUCGUCCCGGGAGAACGUCGACGCCAAGAUCGCCAAGCUGAUGGGGGAGGGCUACUCGUUUGAAGACGUGAAACGAGCGCUGAUGAUCGCGCAGAACAAAGUGGACGUGGCACGGAACAUUUUGCGGGAGUUUGCGCUAGUCGCCCCCAGACAGGGCCUGUAGCCAGUGCCGAAGUGAUUUCUAUCUACGAUAGAACUAUCAGAACUACAGAACUAUCUACGACUGUCUCUGAGCGUACAAACCGCAGGCUGACUUCUGCUUGCUUUUGUGUAGCACAUACAGCAAAUGAGACGAAAAUGUGUGCUUUUCCGCCAAAAGGAGCCUAACGGAGGGUUGCCUUUGUAACAAUGGGAUCCUGUGAAAAAACAAAAAAAGCCUUGUGUUUACAGUGACGUGGCUUAUCUGCAGCGCUCAGGUCAUCGUCGUUACAGCUCGGGAUGUUCAAGAGAGAAACCCAAAUUGAAUUUUUCAUACUUGGAGGUGUCUGUCCACAUUUUAGAGUGGAUUUGCUGCGUCCUUCAAAGCAGUGACGUUUGUACUUCUCAAAUUGGCUGGACGGAAAUGAAAGCAGCUCUGAGCGCUUCUGUUUGUGUUGCCAGUGUCUGCAGGCUGUUCAUGCCUUUCCUGCCGCUGCUGCUGCUGCACACACACACACACACACACACACACACACACACACACACACAUAUUACCCACGUCCAGCCGCUCCUUCCUGGCCUCUUGGGUAUCAUGAAUUUUACAGUAAUGGCUCUUGCUGUGACCGUUUCUCCUUUAUCUCAUUAAUUCGCCGUGAACACGACAAACCAGAUCAGAUCGUUAGAGGCAGAAAAAGAGACGGACAUCGAAUAUCAGGUUCACAGUUCUCUUUCUGUCCGCUUUUUCAGUUUAGUCUGCUUUUUAUCAACUCUUAACGGACGCCUUUGACAACUGCGUGCAUUCCAGCGUUCACAAGCAAGGGCUGAUAUGGUUGUUUCAUCUUCUGUAAAUGGGGCCUGUCAACUCGUGAAAUAAAACAAACCCGAAUGCCUGGUGAAUGCAUCGGUUCCUUAUUUAUUUUAAAAUGAGUGCAGUGCAGGAGAAGCCACCUAAGCCUUCCCCUUCCCUUUUUUUCAGUUACCCUCAGCCCACUUGCACUGACCUGAUAUGCAAAAAAAAAAAAGAACUGGGCAUGCACCAUUUGUAUAAGCACCUGGCAAACAAACCAAAAACAUGCAGAAUAUCAUCUAUGAGUCAUUUUAAUGGUUUGACGUAAUAGUGAUUUCCUCAAACUGAAGAAAACUCCAGCAACCGCUUCAUUCAAGGCCUUUUAGGAGUUCUGUGAAGCUGGACCACUUUGACUCCUUUUUUCCCCCCACUGGCUGUUUGUUAUUCCUCCCUAUCAGGUUUUCUCUUGAACUUGAAACUUCAUUUUUGCACUGGUCUCUCUCUCCAUCUUACACUUGAAAUCUGAGAACUGAGUGGACCCUCCAGUGGAAGAGGACAUGGCCUUCGACAGGUUCACGAGGGGAACGGUUUCUGUUCAUUUCCCCCCUCUUCUUUUUACAAGAUUAUACUUUGUUGGAAAAUGCCUUGUGGAUCAUUUAAAACCAGUGAUGUGUGCAAUUAAUUUAUACUUUGUUAAAAGUUUUCUCGGAGAUUAUUAUUUUCUUCUUUCAGUAAUGUUGGUAACCCGUGAGCUGUUCUUGUGGAGAAAAAAAAAAGUUUUAUAAAAGCCAGUAUUAACAUCU